GUUAACGUGCAUCCAUUUACCAGACCCAUAUAUGGAUUUUCAAUGGCACGAUUCCAACACAUUCGAUCCCUUCUAUUAGUUAAUUGUUUUUCUUCUUCUUCUUUUGUCAAUUUGUUUGAAUUUAAGAAAUCCUUGAUUACGCGUCCUUCGUCGCCAGCUCCCCCUUGCAUUAAUCCUGUUCCGUCUGCUGAUUUUUUUUUUUCCUUUGGCGACCGUCCUUCUCUCUCUCCAGGCAAUUUGUAAAUUGAGCAGAAGGGUCCACUGCUAUGUAGUAAUUGCGCUGCUAAGUUUGGAAGCUGUACCGGUGGUCCAUUAGUAUUGCAGUAUAAGUUGCCUCCAUUAUAGUUGCCAUUAGUUAGUGGAAAUUAGCUGUGGUUUGGUGGAAUUAACAAUGGGAAAGGCCUCUGGACUGCUUCUGUUUCUGUUGGCUUUUGGGUUCUUUGUUGUCACGUAUAAUCUUCUCACCCUUAUCGUCCACAAUAGAUCCAGAGUGGGUGAUGACACGAAUGGUGGUACAGUUCUAGAUCCUAUUGUUCAGAUGCCUGACAAUAUGAGAAAGAUGAAGAGCUCCCGACCACGUUUCCAUGUUGCCUUAACAGCAACAGAUGCCCCUUAUAAUAAAUGGCAGUGUCGGAUAAUGUACUAUUGGUAUAAGCAAAAGAAAGAUAUUCCUGGUUCAGAUAUGGGAGGCUUUACCCGGAUUUUGCACUCUGGUAAUCCUGAUAAUUUGAUGGACGAGAUACCCACAUUUGUGGUCGAUCCACUUCCACCAGGCCUUGAUCGGGGAUACGUCGUCUUAAAUAGGCCGUGGGCAUUUGUGCAAUGGCUCGAAAAAGCUAAUAUCAAGGAAGACUAUGUGUUGAUGGCAGAGCCUGAUCAUAUAUUUGUUAAUCCUCUUCCCAAUUUAGCUAGUGGAUCAUACCCAGCGGCUUUUCCAUUUUUCUACAUUACACCCCAGAAAUAUGAAUCGGUAGUCAGAAAGUAUUAUCCGGAAGAUAUGGGUCCUGUGACGAAUAUUGAUCCAAUCGGCAAUUCUCCUGUUAUCAUACGGAAGGAAUCACUCGAAAAGAUUGCUCCUACGUGGAUGAAUAUCUCGAUAAGAAUGAAAAAUGACCCCGAGACUGAUAAGGCUUUUGGAUGGGUUUUGGAAAUGUAUGGCUAUGCUAUUGCUUCUGCUUUGCAUGGAGUACGGCAUAUCCUCCAUAAGGAUUUUAUGCUGCAGCCUCCAUGGGAUUUGUCAACAAAGGGAAAGUUCAUCAUCCAUUACACUUACGGAUGUGAUUACAAUAUGAAGGGUGAGCUAACAUACGGCAAAAUCGGGGAGUGGAGAUUCGACAAGAGAUCUCAUCUACAAGGUCCUCCUCCAAGAAACCUCUCCUUGCCUCCUCCCGGUGUUCCAGAAAGUGUGGUGACCCUUGUGAAGAUGGUGAAUGAAGCAACAGCCAACAUUCCUAAUUGGGACAACCUCUGAGUUCUGAUAUCAAACAAAGCCUAGACAGACACAAAACCCUUUGUACUUCGUAUGAGUUCGACAAUGAAAUACCCCAAGAGACAAACUUUCUUGUCUUUUUUUUUUCUUUUUUUUUUUGGAAUUCAUAUUUGCUUUGAUAUCAGGAGUUGAAUUAAUCUAUUUGUAUACGUGUGAAACUAAUCCAAUUUUUGUAGGAUUUCAUGGGUUUUUUUUUC